UGCAAUUUGAGGAUACUGCGAGGACUUCACUGACGACAUAUCCAAACCACAACUUUGCGAAGGCCGGCACGAUGCAGAUCUUCGUUAAGACCCUCACGGGUAAGACCAUCACCCUUGAGGUCGAGUCCAGCGACACCAUCGACAAUGUGAAGAGCAAGAUCCAGGACAAGGAGGGAAUCCCCCCGGACCAACAACGAUUGAUCUUCGCCGGAAAGCAGCUCGAGGACGGCCGAACGCUCUCAGACUACAAUCGGCGGGGAUUGCGGUGGGCAGAGAAAGGGAAUUUCCAAUGCUUGCACUGGCAGGGCGUGUAAAUCUGUUUAAGACGCGAAUCAUGAAACACGAGUCCUAGCAUGCAUGCUCUAUCGGCAGGCGGGUUUUCUUUGAUUCCGAAACAAUUUGGCAUUGAAUCUCGUUCAUCCGUUCAACCUUUCUGUUUGGC